GAGGGACGGGGCGCGCAGCCCGGGGUGAAGGGACAGAGAGCAUCACCAGAAUGGGCGCAAUCUGCGGACAAAUAAACUAACAAACAUUAGCAUAUGUAAAUGUUGAGCCAGAAGCGCCUCCUCCCUGCUGCAGCUCCGUGUCCGGGGGGUUCGCUGUGAUAAAGCAGCGUGGGGACUCCGCGGAGCCAGUCGGCUGUGAUCGUGGGGCAGCAGUGGCAGGACGGAAUCCACCGAAGGUGUUUUUACCUGGAGCAAAGUGCGAAGUCCUCAAUCUGAGGACAGAUAUGAGCUGUGAAGAGCUUUAAUCUAACUUAUGUGCGCCUUUUACAAAAGUCUCUUUAAGAUAUUAAUUUAAACUCAGCAUCAAAGAUGUCUUGCCUUUUAUUAGGAGUCAUUCGAAGGCAGGGUGGAGUUGGGGCCGGUGUCGGGGUCCGCUCUCUGGCCUCCAUCCCUUCCCUACCACCGGCAGUGGCUGAUUUUGUGAAAGGAGCGGUAGACGAGUGCAAGCCCGCAAAUGUCCAAGUAGUGACUGGUACUCCUGAGGAGACGGCCAACAUACUGGCCGGCCUGGAAAGGGACGGCAUGGUCAAGAAGCUUCCUAAAUAUGAGAACUGUUGGCUGGCCCGCACAGACCCAAAGGACGUGGCCCGAGUAGAGAGUAAGACCGUGAUUGUAACCAAGAACCAGAGGGACACCAUCCCCAUCCCCGCUGGAGGGGUGAAGAGCCAAUUAGGAAGCUGGAUGAGUGAACCAGACUGGCACAAAGCCAGAGAAGAUCGUUUUCCUGGCUGUAUGGCAGGUCGGACCAUGUACGUGAUUCCCUUCAGCAUGGGACCUGUGGGCUCAACACUAAGCAAAUAUGGUGUCCAGGUGACAGACUCUCCAUAUGUGGUGGCCAGCAUGGGGAUCAUGACCCGUAUGGGCAGUCCUGUUCUGCAGAAACUGUCUGAAGGAGCGGAGUUUGUCCGCUGCCAGCACUCGUUAGGACGACCUCUCCCACUCAAAGCUCCUCUAGUCAACUCUUGGCCUUGCAACCCGGAGAAAGUCCUAAUAUCCCACCUACCGGACACCAGGCAGAUCUUGUCCUUCGGCAGUGGUUAUGGAGGAAACUCUCUGCUUGGGAAGAAGUGCUUUGCUCUCCGCAUCGCCUCCCGCAUCGCCAAGGAUGAGGGCUGGCUGGCUGAGCACAUGUUGAUCCUUGGGAUCACAAACCCUCAGGGUGUGAAGCGUUACGUCGCGGCUGCCUUCCCCAGCGCCUGUGGUAAAACCAACCUGGCCAUGAUGAAGCCUGCCCUCCCAGGCUGGAAGGUGGAGUGCGUGGGAGACGAUAUUGCAUGGAUGAAGUUUGACAGUCAAGGCAAACUCAGGGCCAUCAACCCAGAGAACGGGUUCUUUGGAGUCGCUCCAGGCACUUCGGACAAGACCAACCCUUACGCCAUGGCUACCAUCUCCAAAAACACGGUGUUCACCAACGUCGGCGAGACGAGCGACGGCGGAGUGUGGUGGGAGGGGCUCGACCCCCCUCCGGCUGGAGUUACUCUGACUGAUUGGCAUGGAAAAACAUGGAAGCCAGGAAGCUCCACACCAUGUGCCCACCCCAACUCACGCUUCUGCACCCCAGCAGCUCAGUGCCCCAUCAUUGACCCCCAGUGGGAGAGUGAGGAAGGGGUUCCCAUUGAUGCCAUCAUCUUUGGAGGCAGAAGGCCUGAGGGAGUCCCGCUGGUCUAUGAGUCUUUCAGCUGGCAGCAUGGAGUGUUUGUUGGAGCUGCAAUGAGGUCAGAGGCCACAGCAGCAGCGGAGCAUAAAGGUAAAGUCAUCAUGCAUGACCCCUUCGCCAUGCGCCCGUUCUUUGGCUACAACUUUGGAGACUACCUCGCUCACUGGCUGAGCAUGCAGACCAGGAAGGCCCCCACUCACCUGCCUAAGAUCUUCCACGUCAACUGGUUCAGGAAGGACCCGGCAACCGGUGCCUUCCUCUGGCCCGGGUUCGGAGAAAACGCCCGCGUGUUGGAGUGGAUCUUUAAGCGCUGCGGCAGAGAGCGGGAAGACGAGGCGGCCAGAAAGAGCUACGUCGGUUGGCUGCCAGAAGCCGGCGCCAUCGACACUAAAGGUUUGGGCAGUAAGGUGGAUAUGGGCGCCCUGUUCGAUGUGCCCAAACCUUUCUGGCAGAAGGAGACCAAGGAGCUGAGAGCGUACUUCACCCAGCAGGUGGGAGCUGACCUGCCCGCUCAGGUGGAAGCUGAGCUAAAGGCGCUAGAGGACAGAGUCCACAGUUAG